UUUCGUAGCAACGGUAUUUGGUGAAGAUUUCGUGUGUCAUUUCGUGCGUGGAAAAAGUGUGUGUUUAAGCAAUUUCUAGUCUUAUUUUGUACAGUAUUUUUGUAAAUGAUUGUUUGUGAUACAUUAAAACAUAAAAAUUAUAGGUUAAAAGUGUGAAAAACUACAUAAAAUAAAACUACAAAGAUACUACGCCAUCAUCCAUUGUUCGCAUAGCAAACAGCUGAUUGAUGUCGUUGGGCUCGAGAUGCCACUUUGUUGUUUGGAAUAGGUUGACCCCCUUUCGUUAGAGGUUUAUUGGUAGUUGUGUGCUGAUCAUCAGCUGUUACUUUCACGUACAUACAAACACACAUACUCCGCACGAAAAAAUAUAAACAAAGAUAAGACAGAAUUUUUGGCGCGUUUGCAACGACGUCGGCUGAGGAAUUUUAUACGUCAACCCAAACGUCAACGUCAUGCGUUCGUCGUUGACUGAACUUUUGGAGGGAAAAACUCUUGUCAGUAGAAAUUUGAGCGGGAUAACCAGACGACGUGUGCUGUAGUCAGACCAACCAUCAUAACCAAUUUAUCCAACAAAGACUAAAGACCUACUGUGUGUGGUGGUAAAGAAAAUAUACUUAACCCUGGAAUGAAAUAAAGAAAAGUGUUAAUAGAAAUAAAUAAAAUACAACACAAGAGAAUAAUCCUUCAAUAAAGAAGGAAAACAAAGUGCAUAUAAACAAAAAGAAAGCAAUAAGAAAAUAUUUUAAAUAACUUAAUCUUUUUGUUAACAAAUUUAAAGAAGCUAAUAAGGAAAAUGGCUCAACCAUCAAUUGCAGCGUUUUUUAAUACCAGAAAACGUGCUGUUGCAGAGGAUAUAACAACUAUUAAAACUAGACGUCUUCUGGAAACCUCAGAACCAACUACACAAGACUCAAAUGCCAACACAACAACUACACAACAGAAUACCCAACAAAAUGUUGUUCAGCAGGCUCAGCAGGCUCAACAGGACCAACAUGAUGAAAUUGCAGCUCUUAAGAAAAUGGGUAUGCGUACCCGUUCCGGACGCACUGUCAAGCGCAUUGGUGUACAAGAUCCCAGCCAGGUGCCGGACAGUGGGGUGUCGCCCAAGAAAAUGUCCAAAAUCGAGGAAAACAUUAAGCAACAAAAACUAGUACAAUUUAUUAAAAAAGGCACACUGUCGCCACGUAAGAAACCAGUGGAAGUUCCCACACCAAAAAGCCGACAAAAGGUUAAUGAAUCCACACCUUCGGGUACAAUUAUCAAUGCUUUCAAUUCACAAAACAAUGCCAAAAAUGUGGAACGUGGCUUCAAGACACCUACCAAGCAGAUUAUCAAAGGCUCCAAUACCCCACUCAAACAAGGUGAACUUAAAUCAAUGGUCAAGAAAGAGCUUACCUUUGAAGAAGUUAAGACCAAAGUAUCGCGCAGUGCUAAGCUGCAAGAACUUAAAGCUUCCCUGGCACGUAUACAGGUGCUGGAGAAGACUCGCAAGGAACAGGAGGAACGCAAUCGUAAGCUUAAGGAAAAUAUGCAAUCACCCUCAAAGAAAACUCCAGUGCUACAAUUGAAAGAAUUCGAUAAAAUUGAAUUGGAAGUUUUGACAAGUCCCUCAAAAACCUUUAAAACACCCACAAAACUUCCACCUCCAACACCGGAUAAAAAUGAACUUAUGUCACCACGUCACACCGAUGUUUCGAAGCGUGUACUCUUCAGCCCGGCCAAACAUGGUUCACCCUCCAAGAUGAUAGUUCCGCCAGCCUAUCAACGUUUCAUGUCUUUGGCUGAAACAAGUAAAGCUGGCCAAUUACCUUUACCCUAUAAAUAUCGUCAUCUUAUUGAAAUAUUCAAGGGCCUCGAUUCGGUGUGUGCAAUGUUCCAUAAUCGUCGUGAAUGCAUAACCUUUAAGAAAUUGAAACCGGCCGUACAAAGGAUGUUGCGCAAAAACUUCUAUGAACGUCAUUUGGCCCAAAUCAAGCAUCUCUAUCCAGAUGCUUUCAUAUUUUCACAAAUGAAAAUGCGUAAUUAUGGCUCAGCCUCGAAGGCUGACUACUUCCAAUUGGUCAUUGCACCAAAUGUAGAAAAUCUACCAGAAAAAAUGAAAAUGAACAAAAUUGAUGAAGACGAUGUGCUAAGCUCGGCCCAGAGUAACUCCAUGAAUCCCCAUGUUAUGACCGAAAGAUUGCAGAAAUUCCAACAUUUACUAUUGGAAAAAGUCAAAGAGGAACAUGAGAAAUUCUUGCUCUCACUGGAUCCACCUCUUUCCAUUCCCAGAGAAAAAGUAACACGUUGGCAUCCAGAUUUUGAUUUGGAAAAUUGUCCCGAAAUUCCAUUGGGCAAUUUGCCACAACCACCCAAUGUAGAGAAAUAUUCAUCGGCCAAAGAUAUUCUUUCGACGGCCAGAAAUCUCUUUAAUUGUGCUACCCCCAUGGAAAGGGCCUUAGAACGGUAUGAGGCGAAAAUUGAGGCCGAUAAGGUGCAGGCAGAAAAUAAGAAAAACAUUGACAACACCAAGGCAGAGACAUCUAAAGAACCAGCCAGUAAUAAAGAAAUCCCCAAGGAAAGCAAUGACAAGAACAAGGAAGCAGAAUCUAAUAAAACAACAGCAGCAACUCCCACAACACCAGCAGCGCCAGACACAUCUAGUUUAUUGAAGGGCGUACCGAAAUCUUUACUGGAAAAAAUUCGUGCCAAACAAGCAGCAAAAGCUUUGGAUGCCAUGACACGUAGACCUUCACAAGAUCUAGAGGCAGCUAACUAUUCACGUCUACCUGAAUUGGCACGCCAUUUACGCAAUGUUUUUAUCACCGAACGCAAGGGGGUUCUAACCCAAGAAAUUGUUGUCAAGAAAAUACAAAACAGUUUCCGUACCAGUCUAACGGCACAAGAACUUGAAAAACAUUUGAAACUCAUUGCCAAAGAAGUUCCGGCUUGGGUGGCCUUCCACGAAGUGCGCAAGACUAUGUACCUAAAAAUCAAUAAGGAAAUGGAUUUAACAAAAGUUAUUGAACGCCUGGAAGCUGUGGCCAAUCAGAAAAGUAAAAUGUAAAUGGACCACAAUGCCAAGCAUCAAUGCCGGGAGCUGCAACCAAUCCACAGUAUAAGGUUGAUUUGUAAAGAUCAGCCGUCCAGUUUUUUGAGCUUAAACAAAUAGCCUGCCGCCUCAUAAGAAAAUACCCUUAUUGAAAUCCAAGACAUUGAAGUAUGACAAUUUUGUCUUUACUAUCUUAUACCUCAUAUAUAAUACGCUUUUUUGUCCCACAAACAAAUUUAGUUUUCCUAAUUAAAUAGCAUCUAAUCAUCACAUAUCCUUAACAAAAUGAAUUCAACCUAUUAUUCCGUAUAUUAUUAAUAUUAUUAUUCUAGUUAUUACUAUAACAUAAACAAUACUAUAUUUGGACAUUAUUAAAAUUUAAUUGAUUUACAGUUAGAAUGUAUUUUAUGAAUAGUUUUCUUUUCUGCUUACAAUUUUCCGCAUUUAAGUUAUUUGUUAUACAAAUAGUUUUAAGUAAUUCACCUGGAAAAUUAUUUCCCUCACCCACAAAAUUUAAACUAAUAGCAAUUUUUUGAAAUCCUUAAAUGUGUAAUUAACCACCUCCCCAAAACAACAUCACCAGCAUCCACCCACACCCCUCAUCAUCCUGAUCUGACCCCCCAUCCCAUUCCUUGCUAAUAAUAAUUAUCCCAUUUCCUUGUUGUUAUUGUUUAAUAAUACUUCAUUAAUUUCUUGAUUAAAGAACACAAACUAAUUAUUUCAUUAUAACUUAUACAUGAAUGUUUGUUAAGUAUAUGUAGAGUAUAAUUUUUAUUUAAGUAUACAUAAAUAGUUUACAAUUAUUUUUCCUAUUAUUAAAUAAAGUUUGCUUAUAAUGGCAAUAAAAGAA